UGACUAAUUGGGUAAUAGUAGUAGUAGUAGUAGGUGUGUGUGUGUAGCCUAGCUAGCUUCCGUCAAGCUUCAACUAUGGACAAGGGCUAGGUGGCUGAGGUGGAUUGCCACGUGCUAUGCGAAGAGUGGGCGUCUGACUUUGACGUGGCGAGCACUGGGAUUCCAGAACUAGAUAAAUAGGUGAAGGGGAGCGAGGGGGGGGUCUUGCUCUCAUCAACCCACCACCCCCAACCUAAACAAAUUCGUCCCACCAUAACAGAAAAAAGCUUGUCUCCUUUGCUUUUUUCUCCCACUUUCCCUCCCUCCAAACACUGCCCAGAAAAUAAUGCCAGCCCCUAGAUCCACAGACCCUCCUCGAGGUGGUAUUCAUGAUUUCCACUCCCUUAUGGCUUCUUCUUAUCCUAUAGUUCUCAAGUUCAUCGACGUGUGUUAUAAGUUGAAAAUGGAGGACAAGGGCGGGAACAAUCUCAGACGCAUGUUCACCUGUGGGCCCACCAGAUCAACGGCCAGGAUCACCGAACGAACCAUCCUGAAUGACAUCACCGGAAUGGCGGCACCCGGCGAAAUCCUGGCCGUCCUCGGACCAUCAGGGAGCGGCAAAUCGACGCUCCUCAAUGCCCUCGCCGGCCGCCUCCAAGGCCACGGCAUCACCGGAACUGUCCUCGCCAACGGCCGGAAACUCUCCAAACAGGCCCUCCGGCGAACCGGGUUCGUAGCCCAAGACGACGUCUUCUACCCGCACCUCACCGUCCGGGAAACCCUGGUUUUUUGCUCUCUUUUGCGGUUGCCAAACUCGCUCUCGAGGAAAGAGAAGAUCGCAGCCGCCGACUCGGUGAUCGCCGAGCUGGGUCUGGCGAAAUGCGAGAACACCAUCGUCGGGAACGCCUUCGUGAGGGGAGUCUCCGGCGGGGAGAGGAAGAGGGUGAGUAUAGCGCACGAGAUGCUGAUAAACCCGAGCUUGUUGGUUCUGGACGAGCCGACGUCGGGGCUGGACUCGACCUCGGCGUACCGGGUGGUGGCGACGCUGGGGGCGGUGGCGGAGAAGGGGAAGACGGUAGUGAUGUCAGUGCACCAGCCGUCGAGCCGGGUGUACCAGAUGUUUGACUCGGUGCUGGUUUUGUCGGAAGGGCGGUGCCUCUACUUCGGUAAGGGCGACAACGCCGUGGACUACUUUAAAUCGGUUGGGUUCUCGCCGUCUUUCGCCAUGAAUCCGGCGGAUUUCCUGCUCGAUCUCGCUAAUGGUGUAUGCCAUAUUGAUGGUGUAAACGAAAGAUCAGAGAAGCCCAACGUGAAGCAGUCCCUCGUUGCAUCCUACAACACUCUGCUUGCUCCAAAUGUGAAAGCAGCCUGCUUGGAAACUACAUCAACGGCAACCAAAAACCAGACUCAUGUAAUUGAAGGAAAUUUUGUUUCCAGAGAGCCCAGAAGAAGCAUCUCCAACAAUGGCCCUUCCACUUGGUUCAGCCAAUUCACCAUUCUUCUCCAGAGAAGCCUCAAAGAGCGAAGGCACGAAGCCUUCAACUCCCUCAGAGUCGUCCAAGUCCUGGCCGGCUCCGUCCUGGCGGGCUCCAUGUGGUGGCACUCCGAAUGGCACCAGAUUCAGGACCACUUAGGCCUCCUCUUCUUCAUCUCCAUCUUCUGGGGCGUCCUCCCGUCCUUCAACGCCGUGUUCGCCUUCCCCCAGGACCGAGCCAUCUUGCGCAAGGAGCGUGCCUCGGGGAUGUACACGCUCUCACCCUAUUUCAUGGCUCGAGCGGCAGGGGACGUACCCAUGGAGCUCGUUCUCCCAACAGUUUUCAUCUCCAUAGCCUAUUGGAUGACCAGCCUAAAGCCUGAAAUCGGUUCAUUCCUCCUGACCCUACUGGUCUUGGUUUGCUACGUGCUCGCCUCCCAGAGCCUCGGCCUAGCUAUUGGCGCACUGAUCAUGGAUGCGAAGCAGGCCUCAACGGUGGUCACUGUCACAAUGCUAGCGUUUGUAUUGACAGGAGGGUUUUACGUGCACAAGAUACCUUGUGGCAUGGCAUGGACGAAGUACUUGUCCACCACAUUUUACUGCUAUAGGCUGCUUAUUAAUGUCCAAUAUGGCGAUGGCAAGGCCAUUUCGGAUCUGCUAGGUUGCUCCCAAAGUCAUGGAAGCAAUUACAGAGCUGCAGGCUGCAAGUUCGUGGAAGAAGAUGUCGAAGGCCAAAUCCAGGCAGCCGUGAGCAUUGCAGCCUUGCUUCUCAUGCUCGUCGGGUACAGGUUACUGGCUUAUGUCGCGCUAAGGCGCAUCAAAGCGUGAAAAAUGUCUCCUAUAUAUAUUUCUUCGGGGUGGCUUCAAAACGAUCGAGCAGAUGAUGCAGAAGGAUAGAUUCAUUGUUUGAGGUGAAGCCAGUACGUACGUACGUUACAUGCAUGGCAGUGUUGAUAAGCUAUAUAGAUUUUACACCCAACAGUGGCAUAAGUUUGCCAUAUACAAAUUGAACGCAUUAAUUAUUAUUAAUGUAAACGUACUAGCUAGAGAUCAGAUCAACUUCAUUAUUGUUGUUAAUUUACUUAAUUAGAUUUGGCAAGUGAAAUCAACAUUGACCAAAAAUUCCUAAUGGAAAAAGGGGGUCUCUGCUGGACUGUAUUGCACUUUC